AUGAGCUGCGAUUUGGAAGAGCUUAUGAAUUAUGUUGAUCAGUUCGACACUGACAUCGCAACCGCAAGUGACGAAUGGCGGAGUUGGGGACAGCAGUCGGAUGAAGCCGAGCAGCAUUGCAAGAAGAAAGCAGAAAUGUGCCACAAAUCCGAUCUGAGAGAAGCCAAAGCAGAAGAGGCGCAGUGGCGAGAAAAAUUAGCGGAGGCUGAAAAACAGUGCGAGCACUGCAACGAGCAGAUGGCGCUGCAUUCGGCACGGCUUACCGAUGAAAUUGAACAGGAACAAAAUGAAUUAGAAAAAGAAGAUUUGAAAAUUGCUUUGGAAGGGGUUUGGCAUUCAUUGAGGAAAUCAAUCGCAAGGGCGAAAUACGAAUCUUAUAGGCAGGCUUUGAAUGGGCAGAACAGAAGUGAUGUUAAAUUAGGCCUUCCUGACGAGUCGAUUGGUGGCUUACGACGUGAAGACGCCGCGUCUUCGUAUUGUAUUCCUGAUUCCUACAUUUGUGCAAUCGUAGGAGUUAUAACGGACUUGACUGUGAUAUCACUGUACAGAUGCUUUUACGAUUUGUAUGUUUCUGAGUCUUGUUUGGCGUUAGUGAGGCGUAAUUUGGUAGAAGCGCCGAAUUUGUCUUACGAUUCCAAAAAAUCUUUUCAGACUGCACACAACACACUGCAACCCAAAGAAUGCGUGUCACUAUCAAAAGAGUCAAGUGAAAUGGUGGAACCGGCUACAUCGCCUGUUGAUGCUUGCUCGCAGUGA